GUCAGUUACGUCGCUAGCGUUGUUAGCAAAUAAUUGUGUUGUGUUGUUACGUUGCUUGUUAGACCCGGUUUGCUAGAUCCGCGGAUACUUACUGAGUCCUGUGCCCGGCUCCGUGCAGCGGCUGGGUCGAGGCUGACAGCUGUCGUGUCUUCACGGUGCGGACUGUAGCCGGCGGCAUGUUGACAACAUGAGCUUCUGAUUCGCUGCGGCUAAAGAAGCUAACUGUAGCGUGUGGGCUAGCGUGCAGCGGAACAGUGCGACUCGGAGGAAGGAAGGAAGGAAGAAAGGAAGCAAGCGGAUAAGUUGGACCACUGCGCGCCGCUGCUUAUGCGAAGCCAGCGCACUUUCUGUCCCGACUCCCCCGUGUGACGCAUGUGGACGAGGUGACUUUCCGCUUACCCCCCCGUGUGACAUUUAGCACGGAUUUGGUUCUUAAGAAAUCGCAGUUAGAUGGCGUAGCUGGCUGUCAGCACCCCCCCACCCCCCAGCUAGCUGUACAGCGGGGAAGAGCUAGCACGCUAGCCUCAAACUUCUCGAGAAGUUGUGCAAGUCAGGUCGAGCGAUCUGACCGAUUCAAAGCGACGAGCAGGUCGCUGUUCUAAACGUGUCAUUGACGGACUCUUUCCGCUCCUAACCCGCUCCAGUCACAGGGCAGACUCAUGGCAUCGGACGUGAUAGAGAGUGAAGUCGUGCUUAAAGGGGUAGGUGAUAUGAAUCUGAACAAUAGCAACCCAGACUGUGUCACACCCAGUACGACUGGCGACGAGCUGGGAAACAAACUGGCCUCCAGCCUCUCGUCUUCUGGGGUGUCGGGAGAAGGCAACGAGGAGGAGGUGGAGGAUUUACAAAAUAGCACGGUGCCUCCUGUCAAAAAUGGCGAAGACACACUCCAGGAGAGUCCAACCAAAACAAGAGGUACGCCACAGGAAAGGACGACUCCAGACAAUGAGCAGAAACAGCCUGGAGCUAGAAGCUCUACCCCAGUGAGUCUUCCCCAGCCACGUUCACCGCCCGGGCCCAUCGGAAGUCUUGAGCGCCAAGAGUCAGUCGCCACAACAGAAGCCCGCUUACGCAUGGAAGGAGUGGAACUUAAGGAAGAGUGGCAGGAUGAGGACUUUCCACGGCCCCUACCAGAGGAGGAGGAGGAGCUUGAAAAUGAACUUUUUGCUGGGGCGUCCGAGGAGAGAGACCCAGAUUAUGUAAUGGACCAUGGCAAGAAGCCAAAGAAAAAGCUUUCAGCUCCGAACAUCAGCCUGACGUUUGACCGCAGUGAGGGUUCGCUUCUCUCUGAUGAGCUGGAUGAAAGUACAGAGCUUGACCUUGAUGACAUUGACACACCCUCAGACAACAGCAAUGAGUUUGAAUGGGAAGACGAUCUCCCGAAACCAAAAGCCACCGAGCUGCUUCAGAAAGGUGUGCAGUCGGUCCAGGAGUCGUCGGCCUCGGAGGAAAGGGAGGAGGGUCGACGCUGGAGGGUGUUUCGUAUCGGAGACCAGGAACACAGAGUGGACAUGAAAGCCAUUGAACCGUACAAGAGGGUUAUCAGCCAUGGAGGUUACUAUGGAGACGGUUUGAAUGCCAUAAUUGUGUUUGCUGUCUGCUUUAUGCCUGAGAGCAAUCAACCAAAUUAUAGAUACAUCAUGGACAAUUUAUUCAAGUAUGUCAUUGGCACACUGGAGCUUUUGGUUGCUGAGAACUAUAUGAUAGUGUAUUUGAAUGGGGCGACCUCUCGGAAAAAGAUGCCAACUGUCGGCUGGCUCAGAAAGUGUUAUCAGCAGAUUGAUAGGAGGUUAAGGAAGAACUUGAAGUCUUUGAUAAUUGUCCAUCCAUCUUGGUUUAUUCGGACCCUGCUGGCACUCACAAAACCUUUCAUAAGCACCAAAUUUAGUCAGAAAAUCAAGUAUGUGUAUAGCUUGACAGACCUCGCUGGGCUGGUUCCUAUGGAGUAUGUGUCCAUACCAGAUUGUAUCAAGCAGUUUGACGACGAAAAAAACAGGAAUAGCCGUAAAAGGUAUUUGCACUUUCACCCAGGAUCAGUGUCAGUUUUUUUUCCUAGAGCUCGACCGAUUUUCUGGUUGGCCAAUGUUAGCCUUGUUGUGCUGUCAGAGUUUUUGUUUGUCGACAUGCACCAAUAUGAAAAAAUUGGAUUUUAAAGGAUAACCGAUGCAGAAUAUAAUUGCAUUUGUAUUAAUGUUUUUACGUUUUCUUUUUUAAUUAAUUUAUUUUCAAGCCGAUAAUAUUUGUAUCUGCAUCUGUCCCCUACAAUCCAUAUCGGUCGGGCUCUUUUUUUUUAUGCUUUUCACAAAACUAACAUUACAUUUUAUCCAUUGGAUUUUAGAAAAGCACCAAGACAUCUCGUUCUCUAUAUUCUUUUUUAUUAAAUGAUACCUUUCGGCCAAAAUCCACUGUCCUCUAAUUGUAUUUUGUAUUGUCCAGCAUUUUAUUCUGAGUAGUUUUAGGGCAUUCCUAAUGAACAGACUGAGUAGCUGUUUGAUUGGUUUCCAAAAAUAGGUGGCUUGUUGAUUGUUUAACUCAACUUGUGCUUUAACAAAUCAACUCCCCGAAUUUGGUUAAAUAUCACGAUUAUUUUGGACAAUAUCAAAAUCACGAUUAUUUAAACAAUUAUUAAUCUGCCCUUAUUCUGAAGUAUAUGCUUUAUUUUUGUAAUCACUUCCGGUUCCGGUAAACACCGAUGACGGCUGCGUGUCUUAUUCCUCCGUGAAACCAGGAUAUCGGUGCCCGGUUAUUCAAACCCUUAAUGAUGGCAACCCUAACACUCUAUGACCGACUGACCGGCGCGGAGAAAUGCGGGUCAGGUCUGACCAGUCUGAACAGCCAGGCGGGAGCGCGCUUGAGAAUAGCGGUGCGCGGGGCGGCCGCUACAUGGUCUGCUGCUGCCCUCUAUGCUUUUCCACUAGCGCGGUUUUUUUCACCGCCGAUCACCACACACACAACUCGCCUCCUACACUUUACUGCUGCUUGAGAGUGAGUGCCAGUCAGCUGGGCGGCUGAAUGCUUUGGGGGAAGGACUGAAUUGCGCAUGGCGUCUCUUUCGAAAAAAAUGCCAAAUAAUCGUUUCAACUCGAUUAUAGUAGUUUGGAGAUCGUUUGACCCCAUAAUCGUAAUCACGAUUACAUUUUGAUUAAUCGAGCAGCCCUAACGUCUAUACAGCUGAGUUUUUUUUUUUUUUUGUUGCCAGAUACUGUUGAACCUUGUUGUUAUGCAGACCUUAGCGGGGCAAUUCAUUGAAUUACAAUCAUAAUUAUGGCUUCCAACGAUCGUUACCGGUCUUGCCUUAUGACGCAUGGGGCACACUGUCUGCCGGAGCAGUGCUUGGCUGCGCCGCGUUAUGCUGUGUAAGGUUCCUGGUAUAACGACUGUAUUUCCUUUAAGAAAAGUAGGGCUGUGCACUCAACUAAAUGCUAGGACAAUACAGCGGCCCACCACUACAAAGUCUUUGCUGCAGCUGCUGCAGGACUUCGGCAGACGCACAUUACAGACAUGGUAUUUUUGUACCAUGUAUUAGCGUGCUGCCGCAUGACCUCACCCCCCCUGCUGACCUGCGCUGUCUUUACACAUUAGCAAUGUACACCAGCACUGAUCACAGUACUUAAAGUUGAAUUCAUUUUCGUGUGAUUGGCUCUACAGUUUCCCAUGUGUUUAAACACAAUGGGGGGAAAAAAACCUUAAUUGCAGUUCAACUGUCACACACAACUCGAGACAAGAAGUGACGCACACAGCCAGGACAUCAGGAUUAAAGUGACCGGAAUGAUCCUGAUUCAUGAGCCGACAUCACCGAUAAAUAACCAAUAAUCAUCAGUAUGUGUGAUGAGAAAUGGAGACGAGUAGACACACACACACACACACACACACACACACACACAGAUACACACUCACUCUCCCCUUCAGACAGGGGAGAAGUGCUUCCCUGCUCACUCAGGCAGUGAAAGACGGAAAUGGGUUAUUUGUUAUUCAUACGAUAAUAUUAUGUCAGUAAUUCACUCCCUUGCAUGUGUUUUUUUUAAUACCAGGUUUAAAAUUUGAUGUUUUUGAUGUUGGGUAAGUUAUAUCAUGCUGAUUAGGGUGGACUUGAACUACAAGAAGUGGCUUGUCUUAUUCACUGUGGUUUGGCGUUGCACUCUAACCAUAUCCUCACAUGGUUGACCUCAGUAAUUCAUCCUCACUGAACACCCAGCUUGUUUACUCUCACAGCUCUUUGCAUGACUUGCUUGCAUACCCACUGCCUGCAGAUGUUUGGUAAUUGUCACAAACCUUUGUCAGCCUUGCUCACUCACACCGAGAUAUUCUUCUAAUGACUGAUGAGUAAUUAAUGUGCAGUUGCUGAGGUUAUUCAUUCACAGAUAUUUCGAGGGAUGUUAGAACCCUAAGAGAAAAUAAUAACCAGGCAAUUUUCGGGGGCUCAAGGGAUUGUGGGUUAAUAUUGUGUGUUUUCUAAAGGUGUAAACAGAGCCACAGUGAGUUUCACCCCUGUUCCCUGUUUCUAAGUUGAGUGACAAACUUGGAAGAUGAAUGCACUAAAACCUCACAUAUUGCCAAGGGAUUUAAUUAUUUAUUAUUUUUAAUUUAUAAUUAGUUAUUGUGUCGCUGUGACACAUAAGCUGCAUCUCAAUUCAGGAGCUUCAUCCUUCAAAGGACGCAGUCUACCAAGCCCGCAUAGGAGGUGGUCAAGGCCAGGUAGGAAGGUCUACUUCAAAUUUAAUGUGACCUCAUUACCGGUGCAGAAAAAAGCACAGAGUAAUGUCCAAAAGUGUUUUUCUUUUCCUGAUGAGCUCACUUUAUAGUCUUCUAUAUAGACGUCACUGUAUAGUGAGGUAGGCAAUAGUGAGUGAGUGGGUGAUUUCGGACACAGCCAACGUGUCUGUAUGUUUCCUCUCCACGUGCCUCAGUCUCACCGUGGCAGCUCUCAGCUCCCUUUACUAUCAGGUAGAGUCAUGCUGAGUUCCAUUGCACCUCGGAGAUCGGCCCUCAGAAUGACGUCACAUCCAAAUACACCGAGUUGACAGCGUUCCAGUUGCACAGGAACAUUGUUAGCAAAAAAAGUUCAUUAUAACAAUUCACGCAGCAUUUCACAGAUACUAACACCGCCAGGAAGGAUCCAUUCACUGAAACCUUUGUUUGUCAGGCAUGGGAGGAAACAUUUAAAGGAUCCUUUUUAAAUGGGAUGGUCCCCUGAAUUGAGAAACAGCUGGAGACUGUACAUAAAGAUAACAUGACAGCUCCCCAAAAGUAAAGCCAAGUCAGACAUUCUUGACCCCCCCCCCCCCCCCCCCUUCUCGCUGGCUAUAGUUUAGGUCCUAAACCCUGCCUCCUGGAAUGUACCACUUUUUGCAUUGUGUUCUGCAGAUAAUUAAAACUGCAUUUCUCUUACAAGGUUUCAGGAGAAGUGAGAAUAUCAUAUUGAUACAAAUGAUAUAAUGUUUUGUAUUACCCUCAUGUGUUUUAAUUUAGAAUCACAGGAACAAUAAAGGUUGUUCAGGAUGGAAAAUGUUUACAGACUUUAUUUAACUUUAUCUAGAUAUAAUUUAUUGAUUUUGUGUUAAAGAAAUAUCUCUGGUGAGUCAAAUAAAAAUAUAUAUUUACAUAAAUGUUCUCUCACAGAGGAAGAACUCCCUUGUAAUUAAAUGUAACGAUCCCUUUCCAGGAUGUGAUUGUAUGAAAAGCGUUUCUGGGAAGUGUGGUAGCCUGUGUUUACUGUGAUGAUGCAUGAUCUUAAACCUGUUUGAUGUGGUGGCAUCCCAGUGACACAGACACCUGAUUAUCUGUUGAAUCUGU